GCAGCUAGUUUGAAGGCCGGUAAAGUCAAUAUUGCUGCAGCGGGCGGAAGCUUGUUCGCUUGCAAGCAGAUCUCCUUCAAUCAUCCUUUCCCGGGUGGAAAAGAAGUGAAAGUCUUAGCCUCAUUUGGCCACGCAGUUAACAACUCAACUCAUUCUAAUGGUGCUGCUAUUUGGGUGGAAUCGGAGGAUGCAAACCAAUUCCGCGCUUGCGUCUAUGAAUACAGCGACGGAUCAAACAAAACAGCGGAAUUUAAUUGGGUCGCCAUGCAAUCUGCACCAUCAGGGGCGCAGUUGGGAACAACCCUCUUGGACUCCUGGACUACUGGGACAGAAUGCAAAAGGAUCGACUUUCCCCAGGUUAGCUUUUGUUGUCGUUUUUGUUGUUGUUGUUUGUUUGUUUGUUUAAUACUGUUGUUAAAAUGGUGACGAGAUAAAACUGAAUAUAACAAAUAACAUUAUUCGCCGCAGCGACUCCGGACGUAAAAAUUUAAGGAUUAACCCUUUAAACCCUAAGAGUGAUCAGCAUCAAUUUUCUCCUUGUAAUAUCAGUGCUUUGUAAAACAGUGUGGUCAUGAGAAUUAAGGACAUGAUCACACAAGAUGAAAAUAACUGAUACUUCAACAAAUUCUCCACACUAAUUCUAUUGAAAACGUAUAGGGGUAACACACGAGAAUUUGAAUUUUGAUGUUAGGGUUUAAAGGAUUAAAACGGUGAGAGAUUUUCUGCGGGUCGAGGUUGGCUGGCUUAACAGCGAAGUGAAGUUUAAAACUACCGUAAAAUUCCGAAAAUAAGCCCCAGGGCUUAUAUUUUUCAAAGGCCCUUUGAGGGGCUUAUUUUUGGAGGGGCUUAUAUUCGGAGGGGCUUAUCUACCGAGGGAAAUUUGCGUUUCAAACUCGAUAGCGCUAGCCUUAUAGUUGGAAGUAAAUUUACCAUUUUUUCUUUGCUUUUCGUUGUAUUUGAGGGCAAUUUUCUAAGUACAAGCCCCUAGGGGAGCCUAUAUUUGGAGGGGCGAUUUAAUGGAGGGUUUUUUGCGUUACCGGUUUGGGGCGCUUAUAUUUGGAGGGGCUUAUACAUGGAGGGGCUUAUUUUCGGAAUUUUACGGUAACUGUACUGUAAGCCAGGAAAAUGGGCAGCUCCAGAUUUAUUUACCGAAGUGGAUUAAAUGGUUUCAUUUUAUUGCUUUUGACUUCGCGAUUUAUUAAUCUUGCUUGAGAUGUUCCGAUGUACAACAAUGUUGUUGUGCAUGCAUGACGCCACGUUUAUAUAUGGCAUUCGGCCACCCGGCCUUAGCCGUAUCGGGAAAAUUGGGACAGAUGUCAAUCCACAACAUAUAUUUUGUUUCUAGUUGUUUUAUGACAUAUUUUAAAAGAACAUUUAUGAAUAUGAAGUUGACACUUGACACUGAGAUCUUAAAAUCUUAGCCGGAUGUUUGAUGUUUGAAUAAACCUUUCAAUACUUUAAGGCUGUUGAUAAACUGUCUUUUAAUUAUACAAACUUGAGGAUUUUGGAAAUAGGAGGGUUAUUAAGUGUUGAUCGACAUUCCCGUUUUUUAUCAUAUUUUCAGUCUUAAAGAGAUAAAUGCAUAAAAAGUAAAACGUUCUUAAAAAUUUUUUAAAUCUGAGGAAUAUUAAUUGGCUUAUACUGAAUGCCCCUAUACUCAUCAAACUUGGCAAAUUUCGCUAAAUUAAAAUUAACCUUGCAAUCCCUCCAUAAACCAUUUUAAGGUAAACAUAAAUAAUAUUUUCAGGAAACAAAACUGUAAUCCUUCGUUUCUGGCAUUUUGUUUUGGAAUAGUGUCUACUUUUGACACUUUUCUAAGAUAGUCAACUGAAGACGGCCAAAAGUUCAUGGAAGUAUUAUUUUAAACUUUUUCCGGUCACGUGAACUAUUAGUGUACAUUUUCCUGUAUUAUCUAAACUUCCACUUAAAUUUAUCAAUACUUAUCCAUGAAAAUAUAUUCCAAUGACCUAUCCCUUUGAUUUAAUUUACAAGCAAUCACUCAUUCUAUUUAUAGUCAUUACUAAACACUGGUCAGUCAUUCAUUCCUAUUUAUACAUAUAAUCUACUUAUUGUCAAUUACAUAUAGCAAUUGUAUCCUGUGGUCUUGCCAGGAGUGAAGUGUUCAUAUCCGCACAUACGCCCGUGCGUACAGCUGAAAUCUUUUUUUAGUACCUGAAAGCACUUUAUCAUAAAACCGGGAUGACAGAUAUAUAUAUUUUUUUCGCAUUAUAUUGGAGCCUUUUUUUAGUAUUUCCUUCGUCCUCAUUGUUCUAUCAACGGCUCACUGCAAGAAACGUUAUAGUGAGUGAAAGAAGAGAGAUUAAGCUCUCUUGCAAUUCCGCACAUACACAAGCACAAGGACAUUAAUUGAUAUUGAUGGCGUUGUAACAGAGUUUGACCGUCUGAAGGGUAGACGUCUUGCCCUUUGCUUGUAACCUCUUUGACUGUUUUACUUUUUACCCCGUUAACAUUUUAUCUUACCGAUAACACUUGAGAGGGGUUUAAAAAAACAACGGACUACUGCAUUUUUCCUCCGUGUUUAUUUGCUGAAAGUGUUCCGCGGAAAACGUAGGAAAUGGCGUUUCUGGGAUGCCCCCAGGUUCUUCUAGUUUGGAGCGCCUUCGGUACAUUAACUUACCUUCCCGCGUGCGCACACCUUUAAAUCUCACACCAUUCCAACUACCUCGUCAGCUCGUUACUAUUCCUGAUUUAUACGUUCGUUCUGAUUUCUUCCUAGCGUUUCCAGUCCCUUCCAACUAUACUUGUGACUCCUAGUCACCAGGUUCCAGAGCGACCUCAGGAUGCCAUGGCCGUGUGGGUGGAGGACUUGACCCAAAGCAGUUUUAAAAUUUGCCUCCGGGAAGUAAAGAUUUUCGACGGUUUUCAUCAGAACAUUAAAGUUGUGAGUAAAUUUGACGUGCUUGUCUAUCAUUAAAUUCCAAGUUCUUCACUUUAAAGCAAAUAAACCCCACUAAAAUGUCUCUUUUAAACAUUAAAAUGAGUCUUACAAUUAGCCUGUUCUUGGUGUUCAGAUGUUGGAGGGGAGAGAGUUAAAUCGUACGCCCUCGCUCUACAAUAUGAACGCCUGGGACACUCAGGCUAUAUUUCUAAAAAUGGAGAUGUGUAUAGCGAGAUGCAAGAGUUGGUCACCAACUAAUAAAGUAAAUUGUUCAUUUUUUAUUACUGGUAUAGACAGGAGAAGUCUAACCACCACCCACCUUUCUGUCCGGCUGAGCUAGAGAGGCUUUAUAACCAGCUGUUUACUUGUAGGUCACUAUUCUUCUUCGUUUUUGAAACGAAAAAGCUUAAAUUACCAGGGGCUCACACAGCCUGGGGACACUUAUUUGGCAAAUUCACCAGUGAAAAUGGUAACCCGAAGUCCUUUUUCGUAUGUUCUUUUAAGCAGAACUGGAUGGCAUUUACCAAUUUGAGGGUUCAAAAUUUUACUUUGGCUGAUAGUUUGGCGUUUACCAACAACAGAUCGUUAUCUCGAUCGCAAGAUAACUUCGCCCUUUGUCAGGUAUACGUAAGAAGUUAAAAGGUAACAUUUUUAAAUUGCACUGUUUUGCAAUGUCCAUUUGUAUUGCAUGCAUUCGUUCUCUUAUAAUGGAAUGUGUCUGAACGUAGCUUGAUAUUGCUGUUUCAGUUGUUUGUUUGUCUGUUUGCUUGUUCGUUUGUUUGCAACAUAGCUGCCCAAAUACUUCUUUUAAAUAAUUCAUUGUUUUUCUUCACCAGAACAUCACCUUCGCAGAUCCGUUCUUUGCCCCUCCGGUGGUGUUAGUAACACCAAAAUACAUUUACAGUGGCAACAAUUUGCUUUCUGGUUGUAACGCAGUCACCACCUGGGUUGAGGUAAGAUUGUUGUUCCUUUACUGUAUCAUUGUUAACUGCAAAAAAUGCACCGCCUGAUGAUAAAAAAGCAAGUUCAUGUUACAUGUUCAAGAAUUUUUCGGUAAGGUAUGAGAUCUCGGUGGUCCAUGUUAUAUAUAUUAGAAUAUACGAGAUUUAUAGGACGUAACUUUGACGAUACUGGACUGCAUGAUUAUCAUAAGAAAAAAAAAUAGAAUAUUUUAUUUCAUUUAAAGAAUUCAACCAAAACAGACACAAAGAUCUGUGUACGAAACUACGACAGGAGCAGUAACAGUAGCAUUAAAGUCGACUUCCUGGUUAGUAGAGGUAUGUAAAAAUACUUACUUAAUACAAAGAAAUGAGAAUAAAAAGUGUUGUUUGUCAUUUAAGAUAAUCAGGCGGAUCCGUUUUAAAUUCAAGUCUUUAUAGUUACGUGCACACCUUGCUUUAAAGCCUGCGAGGCCUCCGCAAGAAGGAAAUUCGCCUCACGCGCGCCCUCGUGCGGCACACCCGUACCAAGAAUUUCCCUACGAAAGGCCCCCCGAGAACUAGAACUUAUGUGUUAUCGAAGAGCCGCCUGGUGGAAACACGUGACCAACUAUUGAAAGAGGCCUAUUCUGUUGGUCCUGGUUAUAUCUGGCUUAUUGUGUUAUGUUUGUAAGAUUUAGUUAGCGUUAAUUGAAUGACGCACAGGAUAAAUUUUCCAAAAAAAUCGGUGCGUCAGGAAAAAGGUAUAGGCCGAGAUAAAUGUGUACAAUUAAGCAUUUAUGUAAACUGUAUCUUUCACUUUGUUGUUGUUGUUUCAUCGAGCUUAGACUUAUGUGAAUCGUGAUUUUUGUACACUCCUACCAGAUCUGGAUCCUUGUCUGGACGUAACCUGUGAUUACCACUGUCUUUGUAAGGUUUUUGGACCAUACGAUGCCCGCUGCGUGCACGCAGAAAACUGCCCAUCCUACCAGGAGCCCAUAUGUUCCUCCAACGGAACGACGUUUGAUAAUAGGUGUCUCUUUGAACAGGAAAUGUGUCUGUUGCGACUCAACUUCUCUGUCCAACAUCCCGGAGGUUGUGAAGGUUAGCAACUCAGUAUGCUGCUCAUUUAUUAGUUUCUAAAGACUUUAUCUGAAACAUCAGAUUUAGACUGUCAACUGCAAGCAUUUUAGGAGAAAACUCACACCAACACCUACAAUAAUCAUUUAAGCAUUUAAUGAAAGCUACGUUUUUGUUACUGCUUUCAUUUUGCUCUAUGCAUGUACUAUAAUUUAAUGAUUUUUGUAAAGAGUUUUGUUUUUGUUCUGUUUUUUUUUUUAUUAUUAUUUUUAUAUAUAUUUCCGCUUCUUUUUGUCAGGGUUCCCAUUUCGGCGCGGUCGAAUUCACAUGCCCCACAUACCAUCUUUGGGGUACUCUCAUUGCGAAGCUAUUCAUUUCCGACCAUUUGUAUUCUAUCCUGACAAACCUAUCCAAGUACAGAUAACUGUCAAUCACAUCGAUACCAGUGACAUGACAUAUGUCCACGAUGCUGCUGUGUCGUGGAUUGAAGAUGUAAGUUACGAACAAUUCACUGGGUGCGUGAUGGCGGCAGGGUAUAACGAGCGCAAGUCCAGUGCUAAUGUGUCCAUAGACUGGAUAGCUUAUCAGGGAGCUCCAGUGGGUGGGGUCACUGGAGAGGUGCGCAUGUCACAGUGGUGGACUGGAACGACUUGUAAGACUGUGAGUUUCCCUUCGGUAAGUCAGUAGAUCUUUUCAAAACGCAAACCUACUACUUAACUACUAAUGACUACGACGACGACGACGACGACUAACAGUAUCACAAUCACUACCCCUACCGGACUUUCAUCAUUCGUCUACCAUGAAAAUAUAAAGCAAAUACGUGACUUUUUUAUAAUAAAUUUUCUGCAUAGUUCAUUGAAAAAUUGUUUAAAAGACCUCUUUGGCUCGUAUAUUUUGUUUUACCAUUUCAGACUACGAGAGGUUACCUCAUCAGAACUAGCUAUUUUUCUUUUUUUCAAAUGUCGUCCUUUUCACUAGUGCAUAUGUGUGCAUAUAACGUUGUGAUCUUUAUUGUGAAAACAAGAAUUCAAGCUGAAAAGGUCUAUUUCCCUCACAUCAAAGGUCAAUGUUUUACUAGUUUUGUAAGUAACGUCAAAAAAACUAUCGGACUAUGAGACAAAUGGACUAGAUUAUUUAUUGCUCGGAUUUGUAAUGCAAGCUACCUUCAACCCAGAGAAGUUACCAGACAUUAGAAGAAAGGGCUCAAGGUAAAUGGUAUAUGAAAUGACACAGACCAUUUUGUCAAGAAAAAUCCAUUAAAGUGGCAGUUAGACGCCAUCAAAGCGUAUUUUGCUUUACCUCAUUGCCUGUUAUUCCUGGACUUAAUUUUAUACCAUUUUCCAAUCAGGGCAAGUUUUCAAAGAAUCCUUCAGUGUUUGUUACCGCAGAACAUCACCGUGCCGGACUGACGCCGCCAGUAUUUGGUUAGAGGACAUCGGACAAUCUUCCGUCAAAAUAUGUUUACGGGAACUGCAAAAUUACGCUGGCUCCCAUGAGGACAUUUAUGUUGUAAGCAUUUAGAAUAAUUUCAUCACAACUUAUAAAUAUAAUUACUGAUUCAGUUUCAGCUUGAGAUAGAUUGAGAAUUAGCUCUGAGGUUAGGACCUGGACAGCCAAGAUCCCUUACUGUCGACCACUUUAUAGUCACCGUAAAGGUAUAAAAAAUGUGUAAAACUGUAACUAAACGGUUUUAUUUGAAGGCACGUUUUCUCAAAUUGCAAGUGAUUUUCGACUUUGGGAACUCAAUGGUAACUAAUUGGAAGAAUUCAUGUAUGUAAAUGAAUCAACCUGCUCAAGUGAAAUAGUGUUUUUAACAUCAAAAUGUUCGCGCGUAAUAGGGGCUAUCAGCCUUUAGCCUCUGACGCCACAGUUUGUUGCUGUUAACAACUGAUAACUCAGGGGCUUUUAGUAACAGUUUCCAUAUGAAUAUAAGUUGGACGAUGACCUCCAAACAAGGAAAGUCAUGUAACACUUCGUCUCACUUCCACUUAUUGAAAAUGUUCGCCUAAUUUGGUCAAAGUUUGCAGCUUCAGCUUCAAAUUACGUGUUACUGUGUACAUGUCCGUCUUAGUGAAAUGUUCAUCUUAACAGGGCGUACGCCUGAAGAGAGGCAGGGGCCAACUCGAGGUGUCCCUUUAAAGAGAUACCCGUCUUAUAUAGAGAGUCAAAUAAUAUGUCUGUCUGAAGAACAAAAGGGACCAACUCUAGGUGCCCGUUUUUGGGGAGGUGUCCGUCUUAUAGAGAGUCAAGUAAUAUGUCUGAAGAACGGCAGGGAUCAACUCUAGGUUUCUGUCUUAAGGAGGUGUCCUUCUUACAGAGACAAAUGCUGUUGAGGAACGGCAGGGACCAAGUCUUGGUUACGUUUUAGGGAGGCGUCCGUCUUAAGUCAAAUACUGUAACCGAAGAAUGGCAAGGACCAACUCUAGGUUUCUGUUUUAGGGAGGUGUCCGUCUUACAGAGUCAAAUACUGUAACUGAAGAAAGACAGGGACCAACUCUAGGUGCCCUUUUUAGGGAAAUGUCCGUCUUAUAGAGAGUCAAAUAUAUUAAAACGACAGAAAAAAGGCGGGGGUCAGCUCAAGGCGUGUCCGUGUUAGGUUUUACUGUGUACAUGUCCGUACGCGUCUUGGCGAAAUGCUUAUUUUACAGGGCGUAUUCCUGAAGAGAGGCAGGGACCAACUCUAGGUGUCCCAUUAAAGAGAUGCCCGUCUUAUAUUGAGAGUCAAAUUUGAAUAAUAUGACUGAAGAACGGUAUACGUAGGAGCCAACUCUAUGUCUCCGUUUUAGCGAGGUGUCGCUGUCUUUUAAGGGUAUCCUUUAAAGAGGGAGUUGACUGUAUUAUUUUGACAUUCAUUUUGUUUUAGAACUGGUUGGCGUUUUCUUCACUUCACAAGCCUUUUUUUGCAGAACACGAUUCUAUUUAUUUUGCAAACUCUGGGAUUCCUCCAGCUGAUCAUAACAAUGCUUUCUGCGAGGUCAGUUAUCACUGUCUUAUGUCUGUCCUUCGGUUACUGUUUUACCUGUCUGGCUACUGAUAAACAUGAAAGUAUCCUUUUUUUAACUUGCUUUUUUAAUUUUGUUUUUAGGAUAUUCACUUUAUCAGGGUGUACAAUAUUGCCCCGACUAUCUUCGUGUCAGCGAACCAUACAUCUACUGGUGGAAAUCAGGACCCCAUGCACAACUCCAUUACCACUUGGGUUGAGGUAAAUUAACAGGAACAACUAGGCGAAUAUUAAAGAAAUGAAUUUACAAAGGACACAAGCUAAGGCAAAAAGAUACAAGAACUUACGUGUAACAUGCAUCACUUGCCGACACAGGAAAAGGAAGCUUAAUAAUUUAUUCAGUCUUAUACUUUUUUAGGCCCACGAUAAGCAUUUAAACGUCACAAAAUAUCUCUGGCUGCUUACUUGACCAAACUACGCCGUAUAAUACGAUCGACUGCCAAGAAUGCUAUGUCCGCAAAUGGCCGCCAUUUUGGAUUUGCCAUCUUUGGUUUGCAAAAUUAAUAUUGAUAUGGGAAUAUUUUUGCAAAAGGAUCAUUAAAACUUAACCCUAAAAUUCUCAAUUUGCAACCGUGCUCAUAAACUGUUGCCACAGCAGCACAUACAAUUGGAUGUAAACAAAAAAUGGCGUUAAAAAUGGCUGUGAAGGUAAUAGAAUUUAGUGGUUGUAGCUGUUGAAAGCCUGAGCACUUCAGGUCGCCUUCUACUCUCCCCUUCCGGUCUGGACAAUGUUGAAAAUGUUUUACUAUAUAUUCUUACUUGUUGCACAGUUGUUUUUGGUUGUUUGUAGUAUGAUUUGUUAUUCUUUAUAUAAAAAAAAAAACCUUAUCAAAGUAUCGCAGAAGGCACACACAACACUUCCAAAUUACCUGGAUCAAUAGGGCGAACGUUUUUGUCGUCAAUCGACCGUGGCAACCGUUGUAAGAGGCCAAAACCACAUGCAGCUUAAUUAUAUAUAUAUAUAUAUAUAUAUAUAUAUAUAUAUAUAUAUAUAUAUAUAUAUAUAUAUAUAUAUAUAAAUAUAUAUAUAUAUAUAUAUAUUUUUUUUUUUUUUUUUUUUUUUUUUUCAGUACAUUAACACAACAGGCACCCGAGUUUGUUUAAAAGAACUGUACGAAUCCAAGUAUGACCCGCUUUCCGUAUCAUACACUGUAUUGUCAGGUAAGAAGUGGUGGGUUUCAAAAGGGAGUGUUCAUGAACCACUUGCGGGGAGAUCUACUCAAAAGUCUAAGUCAAGGGUCAAAAGAUAUUGACCCUCCCUUAAAUUUGGGUUUACAAACUCUAACCCCGCCCAAAACGUAGGUCAAAACAUCAUGAACCUCCCUUGAGAAAGCUUCUUUUUAAACAGUUAUUUAAUUCCAUUAUUGAAAUCAAUUUGGGCAGACUGUGUAACACACUGUCGAUAGCGAUCACCAAUUUCUGACUUUACGAUCACCUAUUUCUAAGUUCGUACUUGCAGCGUAAGUAGUGUUCUAAAAUUAAGAAAGUGCACAUCUGAGUAAACAAAUUUGUUAAAAACUGUUUAAAAAUAGGAUGUUCGUGCAUUAAAGCUACCAAUAAUGCAUCGGGGAAUCGUCCAAGCUUUGGAUUCUUUAUUUACUAUCUUGUGACUAGCAAAAUAGAAGAAAAUUUGAAAGAUCUUCCUUUCUUUCCAUUUGGAAAUUUUCCUGACAGUCCCCGUUCCUAUUAUGAAACCACUUUGCCAUGCAUAAUAAGCUUACAGACAAAAUAGACAUACUUGUUUGUAGGUUAAGGUGCCAAAACGUGAGGCGGCUAUCCCAUUUCAUCGCCUUACUCAAGACAUAUGUACACAUUAUUUUUCCCACAACCACAAGGGUUAAUAAGGAACAACAUAUUUUGGUACUCCACGGAUUGCACACAGAGUUGUUUUAGGGCUCAUGAACUGAAUAUGGGUUGGCAUGUAUGAAGAAUGUAAGUACCUACGAUCGGAACUGGUUCCUGAAAAGGAUUCAGUUUAUUCUGUGUCCUCAAAAUUCUAGAUAUUUGCCAAACAGGAUGGAGUUACUUUGGUGGUUAUUGCUACUUCACAAGUGCCGUCUGCUCUUCUUGGAUGACCGCAGAAGCAAAUUGCUCGACCAUGAGCUCAAAUCUGGUAACAGUGCACAACCAAGAGGAAAAUGUUUAUAUUCAACACCGUCACAACGGAGACAGAUCCUGGAUUGGACUCAAUGACCGAAGCAUGGAGGGCUCCUUUGUGUGGACAAACAAAGAGAUAAGUAGUUUUAGGUUCUGGGCUCCAAGACAACCCAACAACUGGAAAAACGAAGACUGCGUUCACACCCUUGGCGCCAGUCAUGGUUACACUUGGAAUGAUGUGCCAUGUGAUAACUGCUACAACUACACUUGUUUUACAGGUUUGUAA